GUGGGAGUAGUAUAAAUAACAUGCUUCAUUGAGUAUCACACUCAUCAAGUAUUCUGCUUUCUCUUCAUUUGCACCCUUGAGACUGAAUCACUAUGGCCGAAUUUUACAUGUUGAUGGAUGACCAACACUUACGGAAGCUUGCACUCCUUCUGAGGAACCAAGAAGAGCCGCUGAGUCUGAGCAUCAAUUCCGAACCUGAUCGCAACAAAUUCCUCCAAGAAUGCAACGAUGCUUAUGAUACUGUGAUCGCACUGCUCGAUGACUGCAUUCAGUUGGGCAAGAAGCAUGACGCGUGGAGGGGCAAGCACAGCCAUAAGGCGCACAUUGCCAAAGACAUGCUGGACUAUGUCAAGUAUGGACUCAACUUGGGAAUGCAGUGUGUCCAGAAUUGCGGUAUGCGUUGGACCAUCGUCGAAAAAAUGAAGACCCACUUCGACAAGCUGGUUGCCGAACUUAACGUGACCGAAUCCAGAGACAGGAAAGAUUUCGCUAGUUUGGCUGAGGAAGUGGCGUUUUACAAGACUUCUAUGUGGGAGUAUGCAACCAAGUUGCGAAGUCCAGAAGCCCGUGCUCAAUCCAAGGCUUAUUCCGAUGUACUCAAGCUGGAGGGCGUUCAGUUUCCAUCCCUUGUUGCCGCGCACAAGAACAAGCUUGGAUAUACGGAUGAAUUCGAGCUUUUGGGAGAUGACCAGAAGCUUGAGGUGUACAAUAACAUAAUCGAGGAAUCAGGGCGUGCAAAGAUGCCAGUGAUUUACAAGAUAAAAGGGCAGCCUUGGUACAAAACAAGCGGUGGGAUUGCAGUGAUGGCGUUCACUGCAGGCAUGAUGACCUGGGAUAUCUUCACCGCUGAGCACAAGCUGGAGUCCGCACUGAACAACGGCGUGUCACUGCUGUCAGCAGCGGUGUCUUAUGCAAUAGAAGUCUCUUUUACUUCGGCAGUGGGAGCCGUGGUAGCAGAAUCAGAAGUGGGCCUUCUCGUGGUUUCCGCGGCUGGGUUCGUGGUGGGUGCUUUGGUUGGCAUUCUGUUUGCUGCAGCCACUGGUGCGAUUAUUGCAGCUAUAUUAAGCUCUGGUGGUAGCGUGCCGCAAAACGUAGAAGACCUCAAAUUUUAUUCAGUGACCAUGCCGAAUGGCAUGGCCCUUGCUAAUGAGAUCGCACACACUUGAAGAGGAUAUAUCGUCUUGCUGUGGAAGGAUCACUGAUGAUCAAUAAUACACUUACGUAAUUCGCUCAAGUCUCAUUUUCUGUAUGUCACAAAUAAAAUGAAUGCCAAGAGGAUCCCUGCGACCCCUUGUCGUUCGCUUCUAAAUGUCUGUUUUCCUGGAUAAUUUUCAUUACCAGCAGUAAUAAUAUUUGGAGACUAUUGAGUGGGAUUAAAUUAUUCACAUGCAAA